GAAAAGACAGUGAACAGUUACAACCACCCAGCAGUGGCUACUCCGAAAUCUGCAAAUCCAAUUCCCAUUUUCUGUUCUCUGCCCAGUCUUCCCUUCGCUUAUCAUCAUUUUCUAUUUUUCUUCACUGAAAAGUUUUUUUUUUUUAAAGAGAUUGAAAUCUGAACCGUUGAUCUUCUUGAUUGGACCUGCAUCUUGAUCUUCUUGGUCGCUAUCAUGGAGGUCCGCUCCCUCCCCUCCGCCGACAACUCAUCCGGAAACCGUCCACCGCCCGCCGUUCCGUCGAAGCAGCUGCUUCCUUCUCCUCACUCCGUCGAUACUUCCUCCGUUUCCCAAAGACUUCAGAAGGAAUUAAUGGCUCUCAUGAUGAGUGGAGGAGAUCUUGGAGUAUCGGCUUUUCCAGAUGGUGAAAGUAUUUUUACAUGGAUUGGCACAAUCGAAGGUGGAAAAGGAACACUGUAUGAGGGUUUAUCUUAUAAGCUCUCCUUACGUUUUCCCCUGGAAUAUCCUUUUAAACCACCCCAGGUGAAGUUUGAGACGAUGUGCUUUCAUCCAAAUGUUGACCAAUUUGGCAACAUUUGUCUGGACAUCCUUCAGGAUAAGUGGUCUUCGGCUUAUGAUUGUAGAACUAUUCUUCUAUCAAUUCAAAGUUUAUUGGAAGAGCCUAACCUGGAGAGUCCUCUAAACAGCUAUGCGGCAGCACUUUGGAAUGAUAAGGAAGAUUACAGGAGAAUGGUUCACAAACAGUAUUUUGCUGGAGAAGCUCUUGAAAGCUGAUUGAACAAUUCCACAUCGAGAUCAAUUAGUUUCCGACCAUAGUUGUAAGCGUUUGUCUUAAGAAAAAUCUGCAGCUUAAAAAUACGUCAGUUUUUUUUUUUUUUUUUGUAAUUUGCUUUGAUAUUGUAACCUGAAACUACGAGAGUUCAGAAGUUCUCUGCAAGUCUUUUGAUAACUUUCUGUAUAGAAGUUGUAAAAGUUUUCAUUGCGAAAAAGAAAAAUGACUCGAUGGCAUCUUGCCAUAUAGUUUCCUUGGUUGUACAACUCUUACAACUGUAUAUUCAUGUUAAGCAAUUGCUAAUUUUUUAAGUG